AGUGCGCAGUCCAGUGGUGAACUAAAUGCGCAGGUCCGGAUUAAGGAUUGUGGGGCCCGGGGCCAAAGCGGAUGUGGAGGCCCCUCGGAGGUACAAAUACCAUGAGCAAAUAAGCUUUUCUUUGUUUUUGUUAAUGUUUAGCAAGCAAAAAGGUUUUUGUGUGGGACCCUAAAAUGUGCCCCCCCCCCUUAGAUCCGGCCCUGUAAAUGCGCAAUAUUUGGAGUCUCUCAAAUAAUGCAGCUGGAUGAAGUAGGGCAGAUCACCGGAGAUGUUUUAAGACUUGACAGUAGGGCCGGAUCGCUGAUGUAGAUGGGUGGUCUCUGUUACCUGUGAGAAUAGCUGAAUCCCCCUUCGAACGGCUGGAUGUAGUGAGAGGCAGAUCAUCGGCGACGUACACGGACUUCGGGCUGGCAAUCGCACCAGAUUUGCAGUGUAGCUGGUACUAGAAAAAAUGUUUUUUAAUGGGCGCAGUAUCGCUGGCUAUGGUAGUCCGAAGCACCUUCUUCCCCCUGAAGAUCAUCUGACCACCAAACAGAAAACCAAAUCGACCACGUUCUAAUCGACGGUAAAUUCUUCUCGGAUAUAACCAAUGUCCGCAGAUACCGCAGUGCGAAUAUAGAUUCGGAUCACCUUAGUCGCUGUAUGCAUGCGCUCAAAACUUUCGACAGUUAUCACCACGUGUCGAAGUCGAACGCCGCGGCUCAACAUCGAACAGCUGCGUAACGUAGAAGUGGCACAAGACUACGCGCAGCAGUUAGCAGUGGCCCUACCAACGGAAGAGCAGCUUGGCGCAGCUACACUUGAAGAUGGCUGGAGGGACAUCCGAUCCGCCAUAGGUAGUACCUCGGCUACAGCACUAGGCUUCGCGACUCCGAAUCACAGAAACGACUGGUACGACGGCGAAUGUGAACAGUUGAAAAACGAGAAGAAUGCAGCAUGGGCGAGAAUGCUGCAACACCGUACGAGAGCGAAUGAGGCACGUUACAAACAGGCGCGGAACAGGCAGAACUCAGUCUUCCGGAUGAAGAAGCGCCAGCAGGAAGAACGAGAUCGCGAAGCGAUGGAAGAGCUGUGCCGUGAUAAGGACACACGAAAGUUCUACGAGAAGCUGAACCGCUCGCGCAGAGGCUUUGUGCCACAAGCCGACAUGUGCCGAGAUAAUCACGGGAAUAUUCUCACGAGCGAGCGUGAGGUGGUCGAGAGGUGGCGGCAGCAUUACGAUGAGCACCUCAACGGCGACGUUGCAAGUACCGAAGGUGGCGUGGUAACAGAUCUAGGAGUAUGUGCACAGGACGAAAGACUUCCGGCCCCUGACCUCCAAGAGAUUGAGGAGAAGGUAGGCCGGUUGAAAAACAACAAAGCCGCUGGAGCAGAUCAACUACCAAGCGAGCUUCUAAAAUACGGUGGAGAAGCACUGGUGAGAGCACUACACUGGGUCAUUACCAAGAUUUGGGAGGAGGAAGUAUUACCGGAGGAAUGGAUGGAAGGUAUCGUGUGUCCCAUCUACAAAAAGGGCGACAAGUUGGAUUGCGGGAACUACCGCGCGAUCACACUACUGAGCGCUGCCUACAAACUACUCUCUCAAAUUUUAUGCCGCCGUCUAUCACCGAUUGCAAGAGAGUUCGUGGAGCAAUAUCAGGCUGAAUUCAUGAGUGAACGCGCUACAACGGACCAGAUGUUCGCCAUCCGCCAGGUUUUGCAGAAAUGCCGCAAAUACAACGUGCCCACACAUCACUUGUUCAUCGAUUUCAAAUCGGCGUAUGAUACAAUCGAUCGAGAUCAGCUAUGACAGAUUAUGCACGAAUACGGAUUCCCGGAUAAACUGAUACAAUUGAUCAAUGCGACGAUGGAUCGAAUGAUGUGCGUAGUUCGAGUAUCAGGGACACUCUCGAGUCCCUUCGAAUCUCGCAGAGGGUUACGGCAAGGUGAUGGUCUUUCGUGCUUGCUGUUCAACAUUGCUUUAAAGGGUGUAAUUAGGAGAGCGGGGAUAAACACGAGUGGAACGAUUUUCACGAAGUCCGUUCAGCUGCAUGAAUCGGAUUAGUCAUUAAUGUGUCGAAGACAAAGUAUAUGAUGGCAAAGGGCUCCAUGGAGGAAUCACCGCGCCCGCCACCCCGAAUUUAUAUCGACGGUGAUGAAAUCGAGGCGGUUGAAGAAUUCGUGUACUUGGGCUCACUGGUGACCACCGAAAACGACACCAGCAGAGAAAUCCAGAGGCGCAUUGUGGCAGGAAAUCGUUCUUACUUUGGACUCCGCAGAACUCUACGAUCGAAUAAAGUUCGCCGUAA